AUGGCCAAAUUUGGCGACUUUACUGGGAUUUGUCAGGAAAUUGCACUCACUUUAUGCCCUCUUGUUGGUGCUCCAGAAGGUAUAGAGCCAACAUGUUACUCAAGAAAUAUUGAAAUAGCAGGAACAUUGCUUUUUCAACCAGCUACGAUUAUUAUACAUUUAAUUGCUCUUAUAAUGACAACCAUUAUGAUUUAUCAUAUAAAAUCAAAAUAUACUGCUGUUGGUCGUAAGGAAAUGGUAUUGUUCUUUUAUUUAUAUAUGAUGGUUACAUUUUUAGAAUUAUUACUUGUAUCUGGUAUUAUUGCUACUGCAUCCACGGUUUAUCCUUAUUUUACUGCCGCACAUAUUGGUCUUAUCACAGCAACAUUUUGGUGUUUAUUAGCUAAUGGCUUUGUGGGAUUCCAAUUUGCUGAAGAUGGUACUCCAUUAUCACUUUGGUCAAUUCGCCUUUCAUCACUAUUUGUUUUUGGAGCUGUCACUGCCUUAUCUGUUGCAACAUUUUUAUCAAAAGCCGGGUUUAAUCCAUUACAACCAAUAGCUUUAUGGAUAGUAUUUUAUGUAUUUAAUGGCAUAGCACUCGUGAUCUAUGUUGUGCUUCAAAUUGUACUAGUUGUCAGGACUCUUGAUGAUCGUUGGCCACUCGGUGAUAUUUUAUUUGGAAUAUCUUUCUAUACAAUUGGUCAAGUUACCUAUUACUUAUUCUCAGUUCGUAUUUGCGACACUGCUAAACAUUAUAUUGAUGGAUUAUUUUUUGGAACAAUUUGUACAUUGUUGGCCGUAAUGAUGGUUUACAAAUAUUGGGACUCGAUCACCAAAGAAGAUCUUGAAUUUUCUGUUGGCAUUAAGCUUGCUGAUCAAAAAGUGAUUGACAAGGAAGGUUCCUGA